AUGCGUGUUGCUGUUGUUGGCGCUGGACCUGGAGGUCUUGUUACGCUCAAGUACCUCAAAGAAGCUACCAAGUUCUUUGACAUUGAUCCCAUUGAUGUCCGUCUCUUUGAGCGUGAGGAUGAAGUUGGUGGAACUUUCACCAAGCGUACCUAUGAGGAUGCAGAGCUUGUGUCUUCAAAGUAUCUGACAUGCUUCUCUGACUGGCGUGCAGACCUUGAAGAUCCAGAUUUUCUGAGCGCUGAAAGGUUUAUUCGGUACUUGAAAGAGUACACAGACCACUUCAACCUCUGGCCUAAUAUUUCCCUUUCAACGCCUGUUACGUCUGUCAGGCGAGGUCAGGCUGGUGGCCACAUCGUUCAUUACCGUGGUCCUGAUGGUAUUGACAAGACUUGGGAAUGUGAUGCUGUCGCUGUCUGCAGUGGCCUUCACGUCACGCCCAACAUUCCCGAUGUCCCUGGUAUCGAAAAGGUGAAAACCGUCAAGCACUCUUCCCAGUUCAAAAAGAGAGAGGAGUUUCCUCAAGGCGGCCAAAUUGUCGUUCUAGGUACUGGUGAGACGGGUAUGGAUAUCGCCCAUCUCGCUGUUACCUCUCCUACGAAGCGUGUUGUUCUAUGUCAUAGACAGGGCUUCCUUGGUGCCCCAAAGAAAAUCCCCAACCCUAUCUUAUUUCCAAUCUUAGGAAACAAGCCCGACCCUAACGCCCAGGAGCUACCCAUUGAUGUCAGCUGGCAGGCUCCCCUGCUUGACUCUUACCUACCGCCUUUCUUGAGAGAUCGUCUCUUCACAUGGAGAUUCCAAGACAUAAAUAUUAAGCUGGCUAACUGGCUCUGCUCUGGGACUACUGCUGGAGUUGACCAGUGGAUUGGAGGUCUUGAUGCUGACCGAUUCCACACAUCUCAAAGCUUCUUUAACAAAGCUGUCUGGAGGUGUCUUCACUAUAUCAGCGAGCCUUACCGCCCUACCAACCCAGGUAUUGUAGAGCGUAUUCGCCGUGCAAUCGUCACGAUUCCUGUCAAGGAGGUCCCAGGUAACAAGUACAUCGACUUGGCUCCUUGGCCAACUCACAUCGAUGACCAAGGUGUCAUGCAUUUCAAGGAGAACGGUCGCCCUGAAGCAGAGCGCAUGAAGAAGCUUGGCCCAGUGAAGCCUGACAUGGUUGUCUAUGCUACGGGUUACACUCAAGAAUUCAAAUUCUUUGAAGAAGCCAACAAGAACGGCGAGAACUACCCGACCUGUGCUGAAGCAGAUGUUCGCUGUAUUUGGCGUCACAACGAUCCCACCGUUGGCUUCAUCGGCUUUGUCCGUCCUGGCUAUGGUGCUAUUCCUCCUCUUGCAGAACUUCAAGCCCAGCUUUGGCUCAUGACUCUUGUCAAGCCUGAAGUAGGCAGAUCUCUCAGCUCAAGAGAGGAGUACCACUUCAAGCUCCAUGGUCACAAGCGUAUCGACUACGGUGUCCACCACGAGUCUUAUGCAUACCAGCUGGCCCUUGAUAUGAAUGCUGUUCCCUCUUUCUGGGACGGUGUUCGAGCUGGCUGGAACGCAGGUGCUAAGCACCCUGGUCUCUGGUGGCGUCUGCCUAUCUUGUGGUUGACUGGUGCUCAGUUCAACACCAAGUUCCGUGUGGUUGGACCUUACCAGUGGGACGGCGCUGUGGACGUUCUUGGCGGUGAGCUUUGGGAAACUAUCACCAGACGUGAGGGUCUAUUUGGCGCAUUCGUCAUGACAAUCGUUCCCAUGACCAUGGUUGGCACGAGCAGCAUCAUUAUGUGGUUUGUGGGAUUGUUUUCGGCACUACUGAGUGCAAUUGGAAGCAUUGCCAAAGGAACGUUUUGGAGAGUUGUGUAA